AAAUCGAGUCAGUCAGCAGUUAGCAGUAACGAUGCAGACUGGUCUCGUCGCUCCCGGAGCUGUCUCAACGUGAUUUCACUGCCUCUGAAACUCUUUCCCACAGAAAGGAAGAGGUUUUAUCGGGACGUCAGCGUCACACAGGGGGAAGGUGGCUUUGAGAUAAACCUGGACCACAGGAAGCUGAAAACUCCCCAAGCCAAGCUCUUCACUGUCCCCAGCGAAGCCCUGGCCAUCGCAGUGGCCACUGAAUGGGACUCCCAGCGGGACACCAUCAAGUUCUACACCAUGCAUCUGACCACAUUGUGCAACACGUCUUUAGACAACCCGACGCAACGAAACAAGGACCAGCUGAUCCGGGCAGCUGUGAAGUUCCUGGACACCGACACCAUCUGCUACAGGGUGGAAGAGCCAGAGACAUUAGUGGAACUUCAAAAGAACGAGUGGGACCCAAUCCUAGAAUGGGCCGAGAAGAGAUAUGGCGUGGAGAUCGGCUCUUCAACCAGCAUACUGGGGCCCAGCAUUCCAGCCAGAACCCGAGAGGUACUCGCCAGCCACCUGGCAUCUUACAACAUGUGGGCCCUACAAGGAAUUGAGUUUGUAGUGGCCCAGCUCAAGUCCAUGAUGCUGACCUUGGGCCUGAUUGACCUGCGCCUGACAGUGGAGCAGGCUGUGCUGCUGUCACGCCUGGAGGAGGAGUACCAGAUCCAAAAGUGGGGCAAUGUUGAAUGGGCCCAUGACUACGAGCUGCAGGAGCUGCGGGCGCGCACAGCCGCGGGCGCCCUCUUCAUCCAUCUCUGCUCGGAGAGCACCACAGUCAAGCACAAGCUCCUGCAAGAGUGAGGCCUGGUGGUGCGCCUGCACACCCGCAGGACAGAGGCUGCACAGCCACUGGCACCCUGAACCUGCAGACACCAGGGCCUAGCCUUCACUCAGUGUUGCCUGAGAUGUCUGAGGCAGUGCAGCAUUCUGGAGGUCACCUUGAGUCCACCACGGUGCCCUUGCCCAACCAGCAUGAGGGCGGGGUCAAGGUGUACAAGUGGCUUUCUCUCAAUCCUGAUUUUAUUAAAUAUUUCUCCAACCUGGAAA